GCGUUUAAGUGGAUCUCCUUGGGGGCUUCCGACGUCCGCUUCUUCGCAGCAGACCUUCCAUGCGGAGAGUUUGGGGUGGGGGGCGCCGGGACACUACAUGACUUUCGCAUGGGUCAUAAAGACGGCCUUCGAGUCGCUCGCCCCUCCCGAACCCCACGUCAACGACUCCACUCCCUUCUUUACCAUGAUCCUCAUGGAUGAUUCGGUUUUGGUGGAACCAGAUGUGGGAUUGAGGCCGGCUAUCGCAGCUGAAACCCUCGCGACCCUCACCAGGACCGCCUUGGGCGAGAAAGCCAUCAAUGAGGAAAAGGACUGGGAGGAGGGACGCUUCGAGUCUUCGAAGAUCAUCUGGGGGCUGCUUUACGACUCCGAUCUCCUCACGCGCAGCCUCCCUGAACCCAAGCUCCUGAAAGCCGCGCACCUCCUCAACCUGCCCGACUUCAGCUACGGAUGCAGGGUCGUGGAUCUUUCCCUGGUGCAGGAGUUGCGCGGAAACCAGCAAUUCUGGCUUUCGGCCAUGCCAAUCCUUUCGGGGUUUUGGGAAGCCGUAGAGGUGCAGAGGUACUUGAUCGGAGUUCGGGAUGAGUGGUCCACCACCUUCACGCAUCCGAUGGUUUCGGCCAUGAGUCUGCAGGGUCGCUGCUGUGGACUGGACCUCGGGCCGUGCGUUUUCCCUGUCCGUCGAUGUCUUUCGGAAACCCCUCCUGGAGAAGCCCUCGCCACCUCACCGGAAGCGCGAGAGGGGGCGGAAGAGCUCGCCUUCGAGCCCAGCCCCGACGAAGAUCUAAUCGUCUCGGUCAAGGAGCUGCUGCCCGAAUGGAAAGGCAAGCUCGUAGCCUAUGCGGGAGACAAUCAGACCGUAGGAGCGUGGCUCGAAAAAAGACACACCCACCGCGAGGAGCUCCUGGCCGACAGCUCAGGCUACCGACCGGUGCCCGACCGCCUGGCAGGCGGCCCACCCAAGGGAAAGGGCGGCAAGCCCCCCAAGGGAAAGGGUGGUAAGAAAGGAAAGUCUAAGGACAGGAGGCUAGAGGUGGACAAGGCUCUCUCCCGUCUUCUGAGGCACGAAGCGGGUACGAGAGACAUACCCAUCACGGCUGACGGGUGGGUCCUUGUCCGGGACGCCUUGAGGUUUGAGCCCCUGUCCCGCCUGGGAGUCGACGAGGGGCAGCUGAAAACUGCCGUCGCCAACAACACCAAGGCCAGAAUUUCCUGGUACGAUGUCGGGGAAGAGGGCGAUCACAUGAUCGCCGCCUGGUCGGGACAUACCAUCCCGGAUGUCACAGGCCCGGGGUGGCGCGUGCCUGAGGGCGAGCUUCCCUCGGUGCUCGUUCAUGGAACGUACCAGCGCCACCUCAACUCGAUCAAGGCGAACGGCCUCCUCAGAACCCGUCGCGACCUACACUUCCAGGAGCCGGAGUGUCACCAGAGGCGUUGGAGGAACGACUUGGAGGUCAAAGUUACCAUCGACCCACGUGCAGCCUCCAGGAACGGACGCACUUUCAGGCGCACCGGCAACGGCCUGUACCUCUCCCACGAGAGUGUGCCCGCGAGCUGCAUCCUGGAGUAUGGGCCCUGGGACAACUUGGUAGGAGGCGUGGACCGAAGGACUGCCGCGGCUAGCACAGGCGAAACCGGCGGCCUUUGGCCCCCUACCGAGCCAGCCUCCCUCCAAGACGAGGUCGCCGAGGUCGCCAACAGGCUAGCGCAGGUUAGCCUCCACGACCAGGAAUACCUCGUGGUCGACGCAGAGACCUUGGACACUCAAGCCGCAGACCGAGAAGAGGUCACGAAGGACCGGGAGGAAGGGAACUGCGAGCUGGCAACCGACCUCGACUGGAGCGCCGACGAAGAGGACCUUGCUGUCGCCCAGGCCGAACCGGGGGAACCGGAUCUGGACGAGCCCAUGAAGGAAGCCACAGGGGAAGGCCCCGCGGCGCGUUCCGCGCCCGGAGCUCGAACCCAAGGCGAGACCGAAGGGGCGCGCCUGGACCAACCCACGGUGAUCUCUCUCCAGACAGGGGACAGUGACGAGGAAGAAGCUACCCCUGACUGGGGUCCUACGCUCAACCUGCGAGCAAGCCCGCGUGCCUGGAGCUCCUCGUUCGCUCCGACUUACGACCUGCAGAGAACCUCCCCCUCCCACCAAGGGGCGGCACCUGUCGUGCUUAAAGAGGGCCCCGGAGCCGGGCCCACCACGGAGACCCCCGAGCAGGACCCUAGGGAGCGAAGUGCAGCUCGGGUGGUUACCUCGCAGCAAGGGCGUGGGCGCGCCUCUUCGGAACCGCCACCCCAGGCCGAGGAGGAACCGGCCAUGGGCAGCGGAGAGCUUCGGGCUCCCUCAGCGGACCCGCCUCGCAGAGAGCGGAGGAAGAUCAUCUUCGGGUCUUCCAAGCUGCUGCUGUUGGCGUCAGUGGCCCAGGCGGACAACGCCAACUGGGCCAACCUGUCCCAAGCGCUCCUGGAAGCCAACGCGAGCGGCACUGAGAAAGCCGAGACGCUUGAGCGCCUCCGGCAGCUCGCCGAGGGCCGAAGGGCCAGCAGACAGGGGCUCGAAGAAGCAGCGCGUCAGGAAAGAGCCCGGGUAGCUCAAGCAGCUGAGGAGGAAGAGCGGUACCGUGCUGGACUGAACCCCGAACUCCAACGUCUCGAACGAGCUAACCCCGUCGGCCCUCGACAGGGCGAGCCGGUCCUCACCAACAACCGACUGCAGGCCGACAUCGAGGCUGGGGUCCCUGUUUGGGUCGCGCGGAGAAGACACCGGGCCCGGGAGCGGGCCGCAAAGCACCAGGCCGACCAGGCCAAAGUGGGAGCUCCCCCGCUCAACAGCGCCGGUUCGGAACAGAGGAACCCGGACGCGAAGGAGGCAAGGGCUUGGACGAGGACCUCGACGCUGCUGCCAAGCGAGAGCUACGUGAGUUCCGAAGGACCCUCCUUCAGCACAAAAGGCGCGCAGUCCCUGCGGCGCCAGCCGGAGUCCCAGGCCCGCAAGAAGCGGAGGAGGGAAGAGCGCAAAGCCAAAGCGAAGGCUAGCGAGUUUCUCGCCCGGGGCCAAAGGGCUGAGAAGGGCAGGAGCUUCGGUACACUUCGAAGACUCUGGACCUAUCGCCCGAGUAAAGCCAAGCAGCUCUACCCGGACAGCAAAGAACUCCGGGUGGCGCACCUUCAGGGAGGGGGAGAGUGGAAGGCGGAGACCCUUCACCUUCUCCUGGCCCGACUGGCCGAAACCACCCAGAAGUCGUACCUCUCCCAGUGGAGGUGGUGGGAGCUCUUUUGUGCCCGAAGGGGCACUUCCCCGUGGAGAAGAGUCGCCGCAUACUCCGCUUCGGAGGAAGACCUCUUUGUGCAGUACGUGGUGCACUGCGGGGUGAACUCUGACAAGGCUCCCGGCACCGUGAAGGGCAGACUGGCGGCAAUUCGGGCCUUCCACAUCACCAGUGGUCUCCCGGACCCCUUCGCGCAACUCCCCAGAGUCGCGCUGGUGGUGGCAGGGCUGAAGAAAAGGUACGGUACGAAGGAGCGGCGGAGGCCAGUGACGCCAGAGAUGUUGCGAUGGCUUUAUACGCACCUUCACGGAGGGACGCUUGAACAAACGGAGGCCGCUCUUCAAUGGGGGGCCCUCUACCUAGCGUUUUUCUUCCUUCUCCGUGCCUCUGAGUACCUCGACACUGGGUACCACUCUCCGCUACGUGGGCUGCGGGGCAAGGACUUGAGGCUGACGCGGGAAGGAAAGCCCUGCUCACUCAGGGACUUCGAGGAUGCGGAUGAACUCACAGUAUUCAUCCGAGGGUCGAAGACUGACGUCUACAACAGAGGAGAGUACCGCAACCACUACAAGACCGGGUUGCUGCUCUGCCCGGUGAAAGCGGCGGCUCAGCUCUUCAGGGCCUUUCCCCUGCGUUUUGCGGGGGGGCCCGAGGAAGAAGAACUCCUCUUCCGAGACACGGAGGGCAAACCGCUUCCACGGACCCUAAUCUCGACCCUGAUCCGCAAAGCAGCCGAGGCCCUAGGGGAACCUGAAGGAGCCCUAGGAACCCACAGCCUACGCUUCGGAGGGGCUUCAGCCCUUUGGGCGGCCUUCGGUGACGCCGCCCUUGUCAAACGCUGGGGGCGAUGGACGUCCGAAUCUUUCCAGACGUACAUCUGGGAUGCCCGAGCUACGUCUAAGGACGUAGCCAGGAAGAUGGCCCUUACGGACCUCACUCCGCGCUGA